CACCUAGUUAACCAUGCUUCUCAAAACAUUAGUCUUUCUUUCGCACCUUCAAGUUCUAUUGAUUCUGUCAUUCGCAGCUUCUUCUUUUGCUCUAAUACCCUCCUCAAAUGUGACUGAUGAAGAAGCUCUUCUUGCUUUCAAUUCUUCAAUAACAUAUGACCCCACCAACACAAUCUUGGGUAGUAACUGGACUAGAGAAGCCAGCUUCUGUGUUUGGGUUGGCGUCACUUGUAGCAAACGCAGGCAGAGAGUCACGGCUCUGAAUUUUUACAACAUGGGACUUGAAGGUACAAUAUCCCCAUAUGUCGGAAACUUAUCCUUUCUGGUUUCACUUAUUCUUGCUAACAACAGUUUUCAUGGUCACAUACCAUAUGAGCUCGGUCGUUUGCGUAGGCUCAAAACGCUUGUAUUGGAAAGCAACCGAUUGGAAGGAUCGAUACCUCCGAGUUUACACAACUGCUUUAAGCUUGAAGUUGUUUCCCUAGCAACAAACAUGUUAAGUGGUGGCAUACCAGAGGAGUUGGGCACUUUAAAAAACGUUCGAGUCCUCUUUCUAGCUACAAACAAUCUUAAUGGCAUCAUCCCAGUUUCCAUUGGGAAUAUGUCAGCGUUAGAGACCUUUGUGCUGCUGGAGAACAAAUUUACAGGCCAAAUUCCAUCUGCUUUAAGCCAUUGCACAAGAUUAAGAACGUUGGAUCUCUCCACCAACAAAUUGAAUGGAAGUGUGCCAACAGAACUUGGGACUCUGCAGAAGCUCGAGAUACUUUCUCUGGGAGUAAAUGACUUGACUGGCACAAUUCCAACUUCUUUGGGAAACAUUUCGAGCCUAAAUGAGCUUUCAUUGCAUGACACCAACAUUCAUGGAAAUAUUCCCGACGAGUUAGGAAAAUUGAUGAGUUUAGAUUUCCUGAAUUUGGAGUACAACCUCCUCACUGGGCCCAUACCUCACUCAAUCUUCAACAUUUCCUCUCUCAAAAAGAUUUCGAUUGUGAACAACAGCAUCUCAGGAGAUCUUCCACCUAAUACAGGGCUUUGGCUUCCGAAUCUUGAAGUGAUGUAUUUUGCGAUCAAUCAAAUUGGUGGAAGCAUCCCUGCUUAUUUAUCAAACUCAUCCAAACUGACUCAUUUGGACCUAGGCGACAACUUGUUCACUGGACCAAUACCGUCAAGUCUCGGAAAUUUACCUCGUCUUCAAUUCCUCGGAAUGGAAAAAUAUAGAGUGACUGGAGACCCAGGAUUUGCGGAUCUCAUGUUUCUUACUGCACUAACAAAUUGUCGGUCCCUUCAAAAGUUGGGCAUUGAUCAUAAUCGUCUUGGUGGUGUCCUACCAUAUUCCAUAGGCAAUUUUUCAGAUUCUCUACAAAUGAUUGCUGCUUUCGAUAACCAGAUUAUUGGUCCAAUUCCAGAAUCAAUCGGUGCAUUAAGAAACUUGAUAUCAUUGGAUUUAGGAGAUAAUAACAUUAACGGAACUAUUCCAUCAACAAUUGGCGAUUUGCAAAACUUGCAAAGGUUGUUUCUCCUUAACAACCAGAUUGGAGGUUCUAUCCCUGAAGUAAUUUGCGAUCUAAGAAAUCUGGGAGAAUUGGGACUCCAAGAGAACAGGCUCACUGGACCUAUUCCACAUUGCAUUGGAUCACUAAUUCAUCUUCAAGAUCUAAAUCUCAGCAAUAACUUAUUGACAUCAUCAAUUCCUGUAAGUUAUUGGACCCUUGAAAAUCUCAUUUACAUGGAUUUAUCAAAAAACUCCUUCGGUGGGAACCUAUCCUCGAAAAUGAAAAUGUCGAGAGUCACAGAAAUAAUGGAUAUUUCUCAGAAUCAAAUCACAGGUAUAGUCCCAACUAUUCUCGGUACCUUCGAAAGCUUAGUUUCUCUUAAUAUGUCAAAGAACUCAUUCGAUGAGACUAUUCCUAGGUCACUUGGUGACUUACAAUCACUAGAGUUCUUGGAUCUCUCUUACAAUAAUCUAUCCGGUCUUAUUCCCAAGUCACUUGAAUCACUCAAUCAUCUCAAAUAUUUGAAUUUAUCUUACAACAAUUUAUCAGGAGAGAUCCCAAAUGGAGGAAUUUUCACUACCUUUACAGCAGAAUCUUUUCUGGCGAAUAAAGAGAUUUGCGGGGAAUUACUAAUAAAAUCUUGCUCUCGUCAAAAUUCCAACACCAAACAUAUCCUACUUAAGUACAUUGUUCCAGUUGUUACAGCUGUGCUGAUCUUUGUUUGUCUUCUAUGCAUACUGAGAGCAUCCAGACACAAGAACAACAAUCAUACUCCAAGUUCUUCAAAUUCAGUACAAAUACCUGAGCACAAAAUAAUUACGUAUCAUGAGCUUCGUCACUCUACAAAUGAAUUCUCUGAAGCCAAUCUGCUAGGAAUUGGGAGUUACGGUUCGGUCUAUAUGGCAACGAUUUCUGAUGGUACAGUUGUUGCUGUAAAGGUUCUAAAUCAAAAUGCACAUGGUGCAUUUAAAAGUUUUGACACAGAGUGCAAAAUCUGGCGGACAACUCGACAUAGGAAUCUCGUUAAGAUCAUCACUUCUUGCUCGAACCCUAAUUUUAGAGCUCUAAUUAUGGAGUAUAUGUCAAAUGGAAGCCUUGAGAAGUGGUUAUACUCCGAAACCAACAACUUGAAUCUCUUUCAACGAAUCAACAUUAUGAUUGAUGUGGCAACAGCCUUAGAUUAUCUCCAUUAUGGUCGGUCAGAGCCAGUCGUACACUGUGAUCUAAAGCCCAGCAAUAUUUUACUAGAUGAAGACAUGGUUGCACAUGUUGGUGACUUUGGUAUUGCAAAAAUCCUACCAAAAGCUAAAGAUGCAAUGCAUACCAGGACUUUAGGCACUAUUGGCUAUGUUGCACCUGAGUAUGGCUCCGAGGGACGUGUUUCUGUAAAGGGGGACAUGUACAGCUAUGGGAUAAUGAUGCUGGAAAUAGUUAUUGGGAAGAAGCCCACAGAUGAAAUGUUUAGCGGAGAAGUGAGCUUGAGACAAUGGGUCAGCGCAUCAUUUCCUAAUGCGUCACUGGAUGUCGUUGAUUGUGUGUUGAAGCCAAAUGGAAACAACGCCAGAGAUAUUGACAUGGUAAAAGGUCUUCUUUUUUCCCUCUUGAAAAUAGGUCUCGAGUGUUCAAGAGAAAUACCAGAGGAAAGGAUGGAAGUGAAGGACGUAGUUGCCAAGUUGACUCAGAUGAAGCUGAUGAUUGUACGCAGCCAAAGAUAUCAUUCUGUGAAGGACGUAGUUUAAAUGUUUGUUGUGUUGUUUCUUAGUUGACUAGUCCUGGCAUGUCAUAUAUUUUUAUGUUGUUGUAUUAUGUGGUUGUGCUUGUUCUUCUAAGUAUGUCUGUCCAGAAAGUUGUUUUUGUUGGCCGUCUAUUACUAUUAUGGCUUGUAUGGUUGGCAGAGUAUGUUGUUGGCUUUGUAAGAGAAUUUCAGUUGAAUAUGAGAUGUUUUGUCUUCUUCU